GGAGGUAUCUAAAUAAAAUUUGCUGUUGUAGUGAUACCUCUAAUUUUUGUCAGAUAAUAAGCCUUUGACAUUAUGAAGCGAAGAAAAGCAUUUUCAGUAAUCAUUCCUAAUUAUUAUUGAUUUAGAUGUAAGUCGUUCCAAGCUGGCGUGUCUUUUCGCGGGGAAAGCUUAUAGUGCUUUAUAGCUGGGGUUGUUAAUAAAUGAUAAGUAGGUUGACGAUUUCCAGCCGAGGCAGAAAAGGAUUUAUUCAGAUCUUAAAUAUUUAAUUCGUUUAAACAGAUUUCCGAAUUAAUUCCCCAUUAUCUUUUUUCUAACAGAAUCAAAUGACUCUCCUUCAAUUUUGAUUACGCACUACUUAAAACAGCAGGAGUUAAAUUCUGGAUCGUUCUUGGAAGCUUACUUACCUGUAUAGGAUCUCAUUUCUGUUCGAUCAACUAGUUGUAAAAGUUCAUAGUAUGGAUAGAGCAAACCUAAAAAAAGAUUUGUCGAUUAUUUUCUUUCUAAUGCGAUUCGUCGCAUUAUGGCCGUACAACUUCGAUAGACAUCUUCCUGUGUGGCUUCAACAUGCCCGACUUUCUCUGGUGUUAAAUGUGCUCUACUAUCUGUUUUGGCAAUUCAUCUGUUUACACAUUGCCAUAUUCCACAUCAUAACUGUGCUGAACAGCUUGGAUAACUUCAACGACCUGUUCCUGGUGAUGGUUAGCACUAUUAUCUACUGUUUGAUGCUGCUGAUAAAUGCCAACUUUCGACUUUACUAUCGGAAAAAUCUCGUGUUGAUUGAGAUCCUCAAGCAUCAAUUCAAACAACGGUCAGCUGCCGGUUUAACGUACGUGAAAUUUGAAUCUUCGAGGCGCUAUUUCAGCCGAUUGUUCAAAAUUUGGAUCUCUACGUGUGUUCUCGGAACACUGCAUUGGGCAAUUUUCCCGAUUCUUCAACGUGAAAAAGUUCUUCCGCUGCAGUGUUGGUAUCCCAUCGAUGUCCAUCGAUCUCCACUGUACGAGUUGGCAUUCCUGGGACAAGUGCUGGGUCAACUGCAGGUCGGGCUCGUCUAUGGGAUGACCGGAGCUCUGCUGAUGAUGUACAUUUUUAUCGUUUGCGGACAGUUCGAUAUACUUUGUUGCAGUUUGAGCAACGUUUACUACACAGCCAUGAUCAACAGUGGAGGAAAUCGAUUCAAGUUGUGUGCGAUCCAGGCAUUACUAGAAAAUACUUUGCGAGAUCCGAGUGAACAUUUCGUCAAGGAAGUGUUUAUGGAAGAACUAUCCAAGGCACCAAGAACGACUGCCAAGAAGUUGGCUCCCGUAUCGGAAAAGCAUCAAUAUUUGGACUACCUCCAGGAAGAAUUGGCAACGGCACUUGAUGAGUGUGUUGAUCAUCACUGCAUGUUGAUAAACUUUUGCCGUCUGCUGGAAGAAUGCUUUCAUCCGUUUAUUCUGCUGAAGCUGGGACAGAUGUUGAGUUUACUUUGCUUGCUCUCUUACAUGGCCACAAAUAGUCUCAGUGUUAUGAAGCUGACGAAUAUUGGAGAAUACUUUGUGCUCACGAUGGCAGAACUGUUCUCAUUCUGCUAUUUGGGUGAAACCUUGAGGAACCAGAGUGUCAAAAUAAGCAAUGCACUGCUGUCGUCCACCUGGUAUAAAUGUGGAGCACAGUUUCGUCAACGGGUUAUGCUGAUCCUGAAGGCGUCACAGAAGCCACUGAAGCUAUCUGCUCUCAAGCUGUACCACUUGGAUUUCGAAACAUACCGAUCGGUUUUGACAGCAGCCUUCUCCUACUACACAAUCCUCAAAAAACUACAAGGUGGAAGUCGACACGCGAAUUGA